GUUGAGUGCAUCUAUGGACCCAAAAAAAGCUUAUUUAGCUGCACUUUACCAACUUCAUUUGUUGCGCCACACACACAAUUUCACACACACAACGAGCCCCCUUCUCAACCCUCCGCCGCCGCCCUUGUCCGCUAGCGUUUUCUGUACUUUGUUUCCAACUGCGGACAAAAGUGUGAACCUUCGGUGUUUUUUUGUAUCUUUUUCCUUGGACCAUUCCCAAAUCUGAGUAGAAUAUUCGGAUUCUUGGAGGACUAGGGAAAGGAGGAAAAAGAGAACUGCAGAAGUUGACCUAUCCCCAGAAACAGGGAGGAGAGUAAGAGAGAGAGAGAGUAGGGAGAGGUAUUGUGUGUGCCAAUUGAGGGGAGAAGUGCAGUUCUGAAGAAAUAAAGUGAUGGUGAGAAAGCAUGGUUGGCAGUUGCCUGCACACACCUUUCAGGUUGUUGCCAUCACGGUAUUCUGCUUGUUGGUGGUAGCAUUUUAUGCCUUCUUUGCCCCUUUUCUUGGAGGUAGAAUAUGGGAGUAUGUUCUGAUUGGUGCCUAUUCACCAGUGGCGCUGUUGGUUUUCAUUCUUUAUGUCCGGUCCACUGCAAUUAAUCCUGCUGAUCCUGGUAUCAUGUUUAAAUUUGAUCCCGAUUUAAUGCACGAGGCUAACGAAAAGCACGGAUUAAGUGCUCCUGGUCAGACCAGAAAAUAUGAUGGAGUCAGCAAUGGGACUCAUUCAUGUGCAUCUUCACCUUCCCGAAGCUCCUUUGCAGGAGCUAACUCUAGCAGGAAAGGUUCGGUUGAGUCUGUAAAAUCCAAUGUACAAGUCCAAUCUCCAAAAAGGAGCUCCACUUGCCGUUUUCUCGGAGGAAUAUUCUGUGCUAUAUUUGUUCUUGAAGAUUGCCGCAAACAAGACGAGGCAGAUGAUCAAGAAGCUACUGGUGAGGAUGCAUUGUUUUGCACGCUAUGCAAUUCAGAGGUUCGCAAGUUCAGCAAACAUUGUCGAAGUUGUGACAAGUGUGUGGAUGGAUUUGAUCACCAUUGUCGGUGGCUAAAUAACUGUGUGGGUCGGAAGAACUAUGUAACGUUCAUCUCUCUUAUGGCCAUGAGUUUAGUAUGGCUCGUACUUGAAGCUGGAGUUGGUAUUGGUGUUCUGGUCCGUUGCUUUGUCAAUAAGAGUCAUAUGGAAGCUGAAAUAGUCGAUAAGCUUGGAAAUGGUUUCACUCGUGCCCCAUUUGCGACUGUUGUGGCUAUAUGUACCGCAGUUUCUGUGUUGGCCUGUGUUCCAUUAGGGGAACUUUUCUUUUUCCACAUGAUACUAAUUAGAAAGGGCAUUACAACUUAUGAAUAUGUUGUCGCAAUGCGAGCCAUUAGUGAAGCACCUGCUGGAGCUUCUGUAGAUGAAGAACUCCCGAAUAUCUUGUAUUCUCCAUCUGGAUCAGCCACUACUGGUUUUAGCGGUGGUAGCUCUUUGGGACUUCAAUACAAAGGAGCAUGGUGCACCCCACCUAGGGUCUUUGUAGAUUACCAGGAAGAAGUUGCUCCGCAGCUGGGUCCAGGGAUGGUUCCAUCAACUGUCGACCCGGAUGCUAACGACAAUAAUAAGGGUAAAAAGGGAACGAAAAAGGGCGUUAAAAUCAGUGCUUGGAAGCUCGCCAAGCUGGAUUCGAACGAGGCCAUGAGAGCCGCUGCCAAAGCCAGAGCUUCGUCCUCUGUUCUGCGCCCGGUCGAAAAUCGGCGUGGGCCCGACUCCGAACUCAGCUCUAGCGAGAACGCGAGCAUUCGCAGCAGCAUGAGUGCUGACACAGCUGGAGUAAAUAACAACAAUAAUAAAGAUUCACACUUGAGAAAAGACUCUUAUGCCCCUAGCCAGAGCCAAGCCAGCCGGGAUGAGUAUGAGACGGGCAGCCAGAGCGCGAGCAGCUUCAGCAGCCCGGCCCGUGGUCACGAGUCGGUCACACUGAGCCCGCUUCCCCAGCCUCAUGGCUGGAAUUCGAAUCAACCGCUGAUGAAUAGUAGCUCAGUUUUGGGGGUCAGAAAUAGAUCGGGGGUCGAGCAGAGGAAUAAUAAUAAUAAUAAUAAUAAUAGCAUUGCAGACCAACCUCUGCUCGUGGGCCCCACUGUUCAGGCGGCCUCGUUAAUUCGGGACGUGAAGAGAACGUCGGUCGUUUGGGAUCAGGAAGCCGGGCGGUACGUGUCGGUUCCGGUUACUGCUGCUGCUGCUGAGGCUCGUAAAAAGACGAUUUUACCCUCCGCGGGCAAUCAAGAUGGUGGUGGUGGUGGUAAUAAGGCUUCUUCUGGGACGAAACAGUCGGAUAAACUGAUGUACACAGGGGAGUCGAUCUUUUUUGGGGGCCCGCUUUUGGGUGGGCCAAGAAGUGAAGGGGCGUCUAGCUCGAGAGAUGGGAUGGAUAGGUUCUUGAUGGGUUUGCCGAGGGAGUCGAGGUUCAAGAGGGAUUCUGUCUCGAACCAGCUUCCGAUUUUUGUUCCUGGGAGUUUCGACUCGAGUCUUCCUUCUGGAUCAGGCAUGAAGUAA